UGCGCAGCUUGCUGACCUUCCGUAGUGCUCCACAAGCAAGCAUGGCAGCCCGGGCACUGACGAAAGGACUUCUGGGGCUACGACAGCUUCGGGCUGUUACGAUAGGAUACUCCUGCGGUGGACAUCAAUAUGCCACUGCAGCCACGGUUACAUCACCUCAACCCCAGAUCGACGAUGUUACAGAGAAAAUAAUGAACCUGCCACUUGAGAAGCCGGACUUUUUCCGUGUGUCAGAGCUCUUCUCGUUGAAAGACCUGUUCGACGCCAGGGUGCAUCUUGGCCAUAAAAAAGGUUGCAGGCACAGGCUUAUGGAGCCGUACAUCUAUGGCUGCCGUUUGGACCAAGAUAUAAUUGAUCUCGAUCAGACCAUGGAGCACCUUCAGCUAGCCCUCAACUUCACUGCCCAUGUAGCAUAUCGUGGUGGUGUCAUACUGUUUGUCAGCCGCCGGCGUCAAUUUGGCCACCUGGUGGAGAGCACUGCUAAAGAUUGUGGGGAGUACGCCCACACACGGUACUGGCAGGGUGGCCUCCUCACCAACGCCCCUAUCCAGUACGGCCCAGGAGUCCGCCUACCAGAUCUCAUCAUCUUCCUGUCCACUCUCAACAAUGUGUUUCAGCAGCAUGUGGGAGUCAGAGAUGCAGCGAAGAUGAACAUUCCCACAGUGGGUGUGGUGGACUCAAACUGCAACCCUUCCCUGGUGACGUACCCUGUACCUGGGAAUGAUGACACUCCAGCUGCCAUGGAGCUAUACUGUCGCUUAUUCAAGAUGACUAUCAACCGUGCCAAAGACAGAAGGAGACAGAUGGAGAUACUGCACGGCCUGUCAUCUCCCUCCACACCAAGCUCAUGACAUAAUUCUGAAAUAAGAGACAUUAAAAUGUAUUUUUAAAAGUUAAGAUUGUCUGCUGCUCUCCAUCAUGCAUCUGCAUUUGGGAAAGAUCUGAUGUUAGUGUUUGGAGCUGAGUUGAAUUGGCCGUAGUGCUGUUUUGUAUUAAGACUGAAGUUGUGUGUAUAUUACUCAUUAAGAAACCAUAUUUUUGUGACAUGGUCAUCUUGUUUUAACUUAACACUCUCAUACUGGACCCUUGAAAGAUGAUUCACGUUGCUGCAAGUUUGUACAGAUUUAACUUUUGUGCACCACUGACAUACCAAUGACUGUGUUUACAUGGGCUUCCGUAAUCUGUUGACAUCUUAAAUCAAACCGCACUUUGUGUUAUGUAUUUGUACUCAUGCUCACAUCAUGUAGAACAUAAUGCAAUUAACUAAAACCCCUCACGUCAUAUCACAGUGAUGGAGUUUGCUUCUAUUUCUCAAUCCAAUCUUACUUAAAUGCUGCCACUCUUUUGUACCCCCGAGGGUACGUUUGUGCAAAUUUUGCAAAAACACUGCUUACACCCAGUAAAUUUAAGGCAGUACACGAGUAGUGUCAGUGAUACAGUAUAGUGGUUCAGUUGCUGUAUGUGCUCUAACAUGGCACAAAAUCUUUAAAGCUCUUCAAUAAAUAAAGGCAUUUUGCAUGUAGGAGAAACAGUGGGUCUGUAAGAUAAAUUGUGUACCGUUCUCCUAAACUCAUUAAACUUUAAGUUUAUAAGAAAAA